AUGGCGAAUGAUUCAGACAUGAGUGGAUGGUCGGAUCUUCUGCAUUCCUCUUCGAAGCUUCUCGAUCAAGCCACUCCUCCUGCUCAGUUCCCUCCUCCUCAGAUACCAAUUGAACAAAUGAAACGAGAGAAAAUUGUAAUUUCUGUAGCAAAUUCCCAUUUUUCAAUUUGCUUUUCUGUUGUUUACUAUGGAACCAGCAAUGUCGAAGUUUGGUUUGUUAGUGGGUCGAAAAUUAGAGGAAUUUGGAUCAAUUGUAUUCCUUUUAGAAGAAGAGCAAGGCGAAUAACUCUAAGAACUGAAGCUCCUUCUUAA